AUGGUUGGUGAUUACAGAGGAAGCUAUAGCCGUCGUAGCGGUAGCUCCGACGACUCUGAAGAUUCCGACGAUGCUUCUUUUUCCGUCGACGAAGAGACCACCUCCUCUUCUCUGUAUUCUGCGCCUAUUCCUACAGAAUGGACUGAUGAGAAGCAUAGUUUGUAUCUUAAAUCCAUGGAAGCUUCAUUCGUAGAUCAGCUUUAUAAUUCCCUUGGUGCGCUCGGUUCGAAUUUGAGCAAGGAUAGUGUACCGGACAUUGGUCCAUCGACUAGGUUCGGUAGCAUUGGAAAACCUUCUGAAGAACAGUUCAAGGUUCUUCGUGAUGGUUUCUGGCAGAAGAUGAAUGUUAAACAACCUGAGUAUCGAUUCAAUGGAAGAAACGGUGGCUCUCACGAGUUUCUUAGGAGUCCGUGGAUCAAGCACUAUAAACCUUCACCAAAGACACAAAUUCCGGUAAUGGAUGAAGGUAGUUCCGAUCCCGAAAGUAAAGUGGUCAGCUCUAAUGGGAAGAAGGGAGUCGUCAUAUCGAGCUCUGGUUCAGCGUCAAGUUUCAAGCAGAUAAUACGGGAAGGCUGCUCUCAUUCGCGUGACCGGGAUCAAAUCAGCAUCGGAGAAGAAGUAUCUGACCAGAACUUUGUUAACGAAGUAACAAAAGACGAAAAUGGAAGCUCGAAGAAGAUGAAGACAGUGAUGAACAACGGAUCAUCGAGUAGUACUGAUCAGGGAUUUUGGGAAGUACACUUGAAACCAAUUAUGAAUCUUGAUUCAGGAGAGCAUGAAGAUGCCAAGUUCACUAGGAUGCUGCUCGACAUGCUUUUUUGGGCCAUGAACACCGACGAACCAACUCAUUUCAUGCUGAUUUCUAGACCAUCUAAAUACAUGGCCAAGUGGGACCAUGUUGUUCGAGUUUUGGAAGCUUCAGGCUCCGAUGUGAUAUUUGGACCCUCCGAGAUCCAAUUACCAUUCUGGAGUCACAGCUUUGACUUGCUUUGCAAAGGCUCACCACAUGGACUAGCUCUCCCUGUACGGGAUGAAGGACCAAGAGAUCCAAAACUAUUAAAUUUUAAAAUAUUCAUGAUAUCAUUGUCUCUUGAAACCUCGUCGUUGAGGAGUUUCCAUCCAAUCCCAUGGGCCUAUGUCAAUGAACAAAAGCUGAUGGAUGUCCCCACGAAAGCCGGAAUGAGUAUCUCCUAUCUACCGGAAGGGAAUAAAUAUGAAAGAGUUGCUCGGAUCUUGGCGGAUAUCCUUAUCUUCGCAAGGAAGAAUGUUGGUGAAUGA